AUGAUCAAGUAUUUCAGUCUGGUGUUGCUUCUUGCCUCCAUCUGGACUACAAGGCUCUUGGGUCAAGGCUCUCUCCAGGCACAAGAGCUUUCCUUCUUAGUGCACUGCAGAAUUAUGGGAGUCACCCUUUUGACCAGAAAGACAAAUGAGCUGAAUUUCACAGAAGCCAAGGAGGCUUGUGGGCUGAUGGGACUAACUUUGGCCAGCAAAAGUCAGGUCGAAGCAGCAUGGAAUUCUGGCUUUGAGACUUGCAGCUAUGGAUGGGUUGCAGAUCAGGUCUUGGUCAUCCCUCGGAUUCAUCCAAACCCAAGGUGUGGAAAGAACGGGGUGGGUGUCCUGGUUUGGAGAAAUUCACCACAACAAAGGUUCAAGAUCUAUUGUCACAACUCAUCUGAUACUUGGAUUAACUCAUGCUUUCCAAAAAUUACCACCACCAAAGAUCCCAUAUUCAACACUCAAACUGAAACAUACUUAACAGAAAUGACUGAUAGUAACACAAUACACUCAGCAUUAACUACUGAUACACCUUACUCUACUUCAACUCCUCCUCCUCCUGCACAUACUCGGGCUCUGGCUCCCGCUUCUCCACGAAAAACAAAAUUAAUUUGCAUAACAGAAGUUUUUAUAGAAACUACCACAUCUACAGAAACUGAAUCACCUAUUGAAACAGCAUUCAAGAAUGAAGAUGUUGGAUUUGGAGGUGUCCCCACGGCUCUGCUAGUGCUUGCACUCCUCUUCUUUGCUGCUGCAGCUGGUCUCGCCAUUUGCUACGUCAAAAGGUAUGUAAAGGCCUUCCCUUUUACAAACAAGAAUGAGCAGAAGGAAAUUAUUGAAACCAAAUUAGUGAAGGAGGAAAAGGCUGACGAUGGCAAUUCUGGUGAGGACUCAAAGAAAACAGAUAAAAAGCCAGAAGAGCCCAACGGUCCACCCAAAACUUCAGUUCGGUGCAUGGAAGCUGAAGUUUAG